UAGGCCCCGAGCAGCUACACGCCAAAACAAAGCUGGUGGUGAAAAUUGUGUGUUUAUCGACGCUUCACUACACGACACGCAGAGUUCAAUUAUCCCACAAAAAGACCGGCAAAAGAUCGUCACAGCAACAGAUUAAGAUUUCAGCGCACACAAUGGCUCAAAAGCGAGCGUCGAACGGUGCACGGCUGCUGAAGGAGGAAAGCGAUUUGAUGGUGAUACGCCCGCUUGGUGCGGGCCAGGAAGUGGGCCGAUCCUGCAUCAUGCUGGAGUUCAAGGGGAAAAAGAUCAUGCUGGACUGCGGCAUCCAUCCCGGUCUGUCCGGGAUGGAUGCACUGCCGUUCGUCGAUCUGAUCGAUGCGGAUCAAAUCGAUCUGCUGUUCAUCUCUCACUUCCAUCUGGACCACUGCGGUGCGCUGCCCUGGUUUCUGCAGAAGACUUCCUUCAAGGGCCGAUGCUUUAUGACGCACGCUACAAAGGCCAUCUACCGGUGGAUGCUGUCCGAUUACAUUAAGGUGAGCAACAUUUCCACCGACCAAAUGCUGUACACGGAGGCGGAUCUGGAGGCCAGCAUGGAGAAGAUCGAAACGAUCAAUUUUCACGAGGAGCGUGACAUUCUGGGGGUGCGGUUCUGGGCGUACAACGCGGGCCACGUGCUCGGUGCGGCCAUGUUUAUGAUUGAAAUCGCCGGCAUUCGGGUGAUGUACACGGGCGACUUCUCCCGCCAGGAGGAUCGGCAUUUGAUGGCGGCGGAGAUUCCGGCCAUGCGCCCGGACGUGCUGAUCACCGAGUCCACGUACGGAACGCACAUACACGAGAAGCGCGAGGAUCGCGAGAAUCGAUUCACCUCGCUCGUGCAAAAGAUUGUCCAACAGGGUGGCCGGUGCUUGAUUCCGGUGUUCGCGCUUGGCCGAGCGCAGGAGCUGCUGCUCAUACUGGACGAGUACUGGAGUCAAAAUCCGGAUCUGCAGGAAAUUCCCAUCUAUUACGCAUCCUCGCUGGCCAAGAAAUGUAUGGCCGUGUACCAGACGUACAUCAACGCGAUGAACGAUAAGAUCCGGCGUCAGAUUGCCAUCAACAAUCCGUUUGUGUUUCGGUUCAUCUCGAACUUGAAGGGCAUCGAUCACUUCGACGAUGUCGGACCGUGCGUCGUGAUGGCGUCGCCCGGCAUGAUGCAGAGCGGUCUGUCCCGCGAGCUGUUCGAGUCGUGGUGUACCGAUCCGAAGAACGGUGUCAUCAUAGCCGGUUACUGUGUCGAGGGGACGCUAGCCAAGACGAUUCUGUUUGAGCCGGAAGAAAUCACCAGCAUGAACGGCCAGAAGCUGCCACUCAACAUGUCCGUGGACUACAUUUCCUUCUCCGCACACACGGACUACCAGCAGACGAGCGAAUUCAUUCGACUGCUGCAACCCACCCACGUGGUGCUGGUGCACGGAGAACAGAACGAGAUGGGCCGUCUGAAGUCGGCCCUGAUGCGCGAGUACGAAGCCAACCCGAAGGUACAAAUUACGUUCCACAACCCGCGCAACACGCAACCGGUAGAGUUGUACUUCCGGGGUGAGAAAACGGCCAAGGUUAUGGGAACGCUGGCCGUAGGGGAACCGGCCGAUUGUCAGCGAUUGAGCGGGGUGUUGGUAAAGCGUGAGUUCAAGUACCACCUGCUCGCACCGACCGAUCUGUCCAAGUACACCGACAUGAGCAUGUCGAUCGUGACACAAAAGCAAAGCAUUCAUUGGCCCGGGUCGACCGUAGUGCUGAAGCUGCUGCUAGAGCGUGCCGGUGGGCCGGGAUCGGUCGUGGAAACCCCCAUACCAGAGGGAAGCACAGCGACGGCCCGGCUGCGGGUGUGCGAUUGCAUUGAUCUUACGGCGGACGGAAAGAUCGUUACGCUGGAAUGGCAGGCGACACCGGUAAACGACAUGUAUGCGGACAUGGUUAUGGCCUGCCUGUUGCAGUGCGACAUUGCGGGCAGCAGCGUCAUCGGGACGCGUAUGUCGAAGGUGGACGAAAAGCACUACCAGGACUGUUUGAUCGAAACGCUGCAGGAACUGUUCGGCGAGCAGUCGAUGGAGAAGUUCAUCGAUUCGGACCGGCUAACGGUGACCGUGCGGGGAAAGCGCAUCGUGAUCAACUUGCAGACGCACGAAGUCGAAUGCGACCAGGACGAGCAGCUGUAUCAGACGGUGUACAUGACCGUGCGCAAGCUCAGGCAAAGUUUACUACUGUAGAGAGCAGGGAAGGAGGAGAGGCGAAGUUUGUCUUACAAUUGCAAAUAAAAGAAACUUUAACAUAUAGAACUAUAAUAAAA